ACCACCACCACCACCACCACCACCCCUCCACCUCCACCGCCUGGCCCGGGACUCCUCUGCCCCGCCAUCCGCCUAAAGGUGGCCCGCGCUCCGCCUCGGUCGUCGACAUAGUCCGGCUCCAUCUGUUGGCUCUCGCCCACUUUGGUGAGAAGGUUGCCCGCUUUAGAAACCCCCUCUCCCCCACACGCAGGCCCCUCGUGUCGCUUUUGGAGCAGGUUAUCACCUCCGAUCUGGUGUUUCGAGCUCCGAUCUGUGGGUGCUUUUUAAAAACAUUAUUAUUACGCAAGGGUGCCUCCUGCCAGCAAAGAUUUGUUUAUCGCUGGUUUUUAGGAAGAAGGGCCGCGUCCGCUGCAGCGGGAUCCGGGGUGGUGGGGGGGUCCUGCUCCCCCCCCACCACGUUCCCCCCAUCCCACCCCACCCCACGCCACGGUGACCCUGUGACCACUGCGAGACUCCGGUUCGGAAGUUUCUCUGGACCCUCACCCGUCAGAGCUGGGCCCAUGUGGAGCGGGUGGCGGGGGGUGAUCUGAGCCCUUCACAAGGUGGAGUCCAAGAGUUGAUGCCUCCCCAGCUCAGGUGGAAACCAUGGCCAAUGAACCUGUCAUCCUUAACGUCUACGAUAUGUACUGGAUAAACGAAUACACUUCCAAUCUGGGCAUUGGAGUCUUCCACUCAGGCAUUGAGAUCUAUGGCAGAGAAUUUGCAUACGGCGGUCAUCCCUACCCCUUCAGUGGCAUCUUUGAAAUCAACCCGGGAAAUGCUGCUGAACUGGGAGAGACUUUCAAAUUCAAGGAGGCUAUUGUUUUGGGAACUACAGACUUCACGGAGGAGGACAUAGAUAAAAUCAUGGAGGAGCUCGGCAAAGAGUUCAAAGGGAACGCCUACCACCUAAUGCACAAAAACUGCAACCACUUCUCCUCCUCCCUAUCUGAGUUGCUGUGCGGACGGGAAAUCCCCCGCUGGGUCAACAGACUGGCGUAUUUCAGCUCCUGCAUCCCCUUCCUGCAGAGCUGCCUGCCCAAGGAGUGGCUGACCCCAGCCGCCCUGCAGAGCCACAUCAGCCUGGGCCUCCACAAGGAGGAGCAGCGCGAGUCCAGCGACGAGGACCCUUCCUCGCCGUCCGGCGCCGCCGCUGGCUCCUCCCACAGCUGCCGCCACACCAGGGUGUGAGCCCCCCCCCCCCUGGACCUACUUUCCCACACUGACCUUUGCGGGCUUUGAACGACCACCUGACCUCAU